AUGGUUGCCAAAAUUCUGCUGAGCCUGCUGCUCCUUGUUGUUGCCACCGAGCUGUCUUCAGCCCAGUGCCCCCAAAAACUCUGCCCAGUGGUCACAAACUCGAAUCCUCGGUGCAAGGGAAAUCUUCAGUAUCAGUGCGUUUGCGAUUUCACCUGCUCCGAAUGGGAUAAGCCCUGCAAUUGGGUCCUUUCCUGCAAAAAUGAAAUCGACGACAUCAAUGCCGUUCGCGACAAGAAAAAUAAGCUAAGUUUGCUUAGGUUGCCCAACCGAAAUCAGCAGGAGUGUUUGGACAUCAAUAUCAACACCCACAAGCAUCCCAAUUGCUGUAACUUGUUCUGCAAGGCUAAUGUUAAGGAUGUGUGUUUUUAA